AAUGCGAUGCAGUCGUGACGUUUAUCAUCGCCUUGUCCGAUGGACGUCUCCGCGAGUGUUUCGAGUCGAUUGAGAGUCGCUGUAAUCGUACGCGUCCAUUUGGAUACGAUCCGCGCUCUGGUCUCGCUUUCGUUUUUGCAUCCCGACCGGGUACCCAGCGUUAAUCUUUAUUUUUUCCGUUUAUUCGUAAAACAAAAUAGUUUCGUUAAGGCUUGCUGACUGACGGUUAUAGAAAAAGCUCCGCUCCACGUCAUUACACGGAAUAACGACACAUUGACAACGAAAAGUCAACAAUAACAAAUCAACGACAGCAAAAACCAUCAACACGAUAUUAUUUUCGUAAUGCGCGAUAGUCGUCGCGUAGAUUACGACGUCGCGCGUACACGAAAAUAAUAUACGACCGGUACGGACGCACGCGCACGAGCCGGCAUGCAAUAAUACACCAGUUACCGGCGUACCGGGCGGCAAUUUGAUUUCAGUCCUUUGCUGGGACGGACAGAGUGUCGCGCACGAGCUAUCGUCAACGCUCGUUGUCGUACUGAUCAUAAUAUUAAUAUCCGUUUGCUGCAGCGGAUCCCGCAAAAACAUACUACAGGCCGAGUAUUGGGACACGUCGUGACGACUGCAAUCCACCGGACGGUUUAAUUUAUUUUUGUAUAUUUACUGAAUCUCUCGGGAAGCGUGCGGACCCGUAAGCGUUGGCGUCGUCUUCGACACCAUGUGAUGCCGCCGCGGACGGUGUACGACGGCCGCCGCCGCCACCACCACCACCACAGUCGCCGCUGCCACCCCUGACUCGCAGGGGUGGCGACGGCGUGCCGCCGCGGUCGGUCGCAAUGUUCGUCGGGUUCUUCAGAAAACCCGUUGGCCGCCAGUACGUGGCUGCAUUUGUCGGUAAGUUGUCUCACGUUAUUGUUUGUUUUUUUCUAUUAUUAUUAUUAUUUGGAUGGGGCCUCGGUGUCAAUUUUCUGCUUUAUACGCGCGUUGCUGACUCGAUAAUAAUAAUUUUACGUUAGCGAAAAUAUCCGAGUUUAAAUAGGCGUGCAAUACACGGGCGGUGAAGGAAUUUUAUGGGUUUGGCGAGCGAAAAAAAAAGCCAUCAAAUUGGCGGCCCCCCCGUCGUCGAAUUCAUUAGUGACAAUCCAUUAAAAUAUAAUAAAUAUUAUGUUAGUAUUAUAGACGGGCAUAUAAAGGUGUGCGUCCGCACCUGAGCGCAUUCGACGAACUCUCGAACGCAAACAGAAAAAAUAAAAUAAAAAUUCUCGUAUACGAUCGCAGCAUGUUCAAACGAGGACUUUUUCGUUUGCGUUCGAUACGCCAAAAUUCUUCUGAACGAUGGCGACGGAUCGAGUUUGCCCGAAUUAUCAACAACGUUCAUCGCGCGUAUUAUAUUUAUAUAUAUAGGUACAUGAAUAUUUAACGUUCGGACAAUUAUAUUACACCUAUAUAAUAACGUUACGUGUGUCAAAAGGUCAUCACUACUGGGCGCGAUUUUAAGCCAACUACCGAACGUGAUGAGUACACGUCACGACGUUUAAUAUAAUAUUUUUUUCGGUACCGCACGCUCGCGCAAAUAAAAUUAUAUUAUCUACGCAGUUCGGACGUCGUCAUCGUCGUAUAUUUAAUCGAAUAUGCAUAAUAAUUAAUUAGGGAGUUUUACGCUUAAUUAAAUAACUUGUUUAAAUUAUUAACACAAAGUUUCCGCGCUCCCUUAUAUAAAUUCGAUUCGCGAGCGUCAUCGUAGUUUUAUUAAUGAUUAUAUUACGCACCCGCGGGUAUACGGCGGCAUGGAGAAGAUCGUGCAAAUAAUAAUAUCAUUAUCCUCAUGAUCGUAUCGUAAUAUGUAUUGUACGGUUAGGUUAGGUUAAGACGGCCCACGUAUAUAGUUUAUAACGUAUUCCGCGAUUAAAAAACGUGUUUGUACUGUAGGCAAAUAAAUAGUAUAUAUAUAUAUAUACAUUAAUAAUUAACAAAUAUUUGAUUUCGAAAUAUCUAAAAAAAAAAUUCAUAACGCUUGUUAUAAUCGUCGACUUUAAAGAUUAACCAAUUAUUCUUGUAUACUACUGCGUGUACAUCACAAUCAAUAAAUAAAUUAACACCCGAGAGAUUAGACGGGUUUCUCAAUCGCAAUAUUAUAAUACUUGUAAAAAUGGUCUUUUCUUUUAAGAAAACGAAUAAAUGUAAUUAUUCCAAAUAGGCACGAACAAAUUUGAAAAUUUGCACGGUAGUGGGGACAAAUUAUUACUAUUGAUGAUUGUCAUCGAAAUCCAGUUAAAUUCGAAUACGGAUAUUUAUACCGUUCGAAACGUUGCACUGUCGAUACACGAGUAAUAUAAUAUUGCGUGCAAAUGUGCAUUGACGAAUACCGUAUAUAACAUUGCAAUAAUAGUAUACGACAAGGUAAAUAAUGGCGCAAAGCUAAAUGAUAAUUAUAAUAAGGCUGAUACCGUUGUUGCAUAAAUAAUACCUUGUAACUCAAAAAAGUGAUUUUUCCAUUGCGUACCUAACCUAUAAAUAUACACCAUAUUAUAUUUUGACAAUAAUAUUAAUGACGGAUAUGUGUGAUAAUGUUUCGACAAUUAUAUUCUCCUUGGAUUUUUCGGUUUUUUUUUUUAUGUUUUCUCAUAUUUAUCUCAUACUUUUGAUGAUACGAGGUAUUCGUACUGCAACAACGAUACGUACACAAUAAUUAGUCUUGAUAUUCACUGUGAAAAAAAAAUGUUCUCUUUUAAUCAAGACGCACAAUAGUAAUGUAUUAUAGUUGAAUCCAUUCCGAGUAGGCGGAUUCACAACAAUCAUUGCAAUAAAUGCGUGACUUCCUACUGUAUACACAUGUAGGUAUACACAUGAAUUGUAUUUAUUAACAAUUUAUAUGUGUAUAUCAUAAUAGCAAUAAUAUACUAUAAUUGUUAACAAUAACAAUUCUAUGGCAAUAAUUUAUCUGCCAAUUUAUCAUAAUUGGAACGGACGGACUACACGAAAUAUUUUUCGAGUUCACGAUUUCGUUUCAUUCAAUCUCCAUUAUUAUUAUUGUACGGUUGCAAUCUCGACCAUGAUUCGUUGUUAAAUAUUUUAUGAUGUUAUGCGAGAAUAGAAAAAAAAAAUUAAAAUUAAUAAAAAACCGAUUAGGGUUUCGGUUAAACAUUUUGCAGUUUUCCCGAAUAUUAUAAAAUUAUUGAAAAUCAUAUUACCCGUAACUUUAUAAUUUUUAAUCUCGAUACAAUAUAAUCAAUUUUUCGAUAAUUUGUUUACAGUAUUUUUAACAUUUAACGUUAUAGUAAACUUUUAAAAACCGAUUUCAUAUUACCUUCGAUUUUUUAGACUGGUAUUUGUAUACAAUAUACAUAAUAAUCCUUAUAAUGUAUAACUAUAGCGUCUCACUCACACAAUAAUAUAGUUUUACCGGUUAUCUCAAUAAUACGAAAAAUUCGAUUGGUUCUUGUGUGAGUAAGAACGAAAUCAAAUUUCGAAUUUGAUAACUAUAUAUUAUGAUUAUAUUAUAAAAAAAAAUCCAAAACUAUCUUGCAAUUUAAUACAUUUUUAACGUUUAAAUACCGUGUCGUAUAUAAUCAGGUUUUGAUAUUCGUUGAUACACUGAUUAAAUCCGUUUUAAAACGAAAUAAACGGAUUAUUUGUGUAAUCCGCUUAAUUUUUAAUCCAGAUUAUGUGGAUUGGUCAUUCCGGCACUAGUAUAACAUAAGUAUGACAUAUAAUAUUACAUGAAUAUUCUAUAUAGAUGUAAUCGAGGACAAUUUUUCUUUUUCAUUACGAGUCAUCAUUUGUAUUACACAGAUAUAGAUAAACGCGUACGACGACGUUAUACAAAAUUAAAAUAAUAAUAAAAUCAUUAUAAUAGACGACAUACGUACGUUCAUGUUAUUAUUAUUUUUUUUGUUUUUUAUCAGUAAUAUACAUACCGUAUUAUAUAUAUUAUAAUUGAUUUCGUUUAGUGAUGUUCUCCAUAAUAGUUUCUUCGUAUACAUAUACAGGGUGAUCUAUUUACUAUGAAUAAAGACCGGAUUUUGUGCAGCUAAUACCUGAAAAAUAUGCAAUUAAAAUGCUUAAAUGUGCAAAAACAUGCAAACUUAAAUUUUUGUUGUAUUUGACAGUCUGAUUUAAAUUCAGGAUAUUUUUCAAUCCAUCACUUUACUAUCUAUAUUAUCUUUAUGGUCGUAUAUCGGUUAUAUUCAUACAUCGUUGUUAUUUUUAUUAUACCGUAUUAUUUUUUGACUUAAUAAAAGUCCGGUUAAAAUGAUUAAUUAACAUAGAUUACAAUGUAGUAUAUGUAUAAUACCUUUAAUAACAGAUUAAUAUGAAAAAUAAAAAGACGUCCUAGGAUAAUGGGGACGGGUGCAGCCACUGUUAUAGAUAAUUUAAUGUAUACCUGUAAGCAACGAUAAACCAUUGCUUAGGAAAUAACGAUUCUGAGCAGAGUUCAGUUGAUAAUGAUGCUUUAUCAACAAUAUAUGUCAUUUUAUAGCAAAAUAAUUAAAUAGGUUUUAUAUAAUAAUAGUUGGUAUCAAUAUUUUUGUUAAAUUUUGAAAGGUACCUACAUAUGAAUAUGUAAAAUAUUUAAGAAAAAUGUAUUUACAUAAAAAUCCGUGCCCUGGUUAUAAAUAAGUCAUAAACGCAGUGAUGGCGCCAAAACAUUUUAUCUUAGGUGGGUCACUUUGAGGCUAAUGAUUUUUAGGAUUGGCAGAAUUAUAUAUUGUUCUUUUUAUACACAAAUGAGCACCUCUCUCCGUUCUUUAUCUUUCCCUGUCUUAAAAAAAAUAAAUGACAUAUUAUGAUUAUAAGUAAUUUAAUGUUAGUAAAAAAAUAUUUUUCGUGAUACAACUUUACUCUUUUCAAAUUUAUAGUUGAAUAACCAACAUUUCACAGCACAUUAACAAAAACAUUAUUAGUUGUGUCUAUAUAUUGUAACUGUCUUUUUUUAAAAAAAACCCGAAAGUUUACAAACCGAUAACUUUACUUGUAUUUAUAUAUUAACAAAAGAUAAUUUCCUCUGUGCUACGGGCAAUUUCAAACAAAUUGUAGAAAGUUAAGAAUUAAGGAUUCAUCAUUAUUAUGUAUUUGUAACAUCAAUAUUUGGGUUCAAAAUAUAUUUAUUAAAUGGUCACGUCGAAUUUCGUAAAAAGAAUCUAAUUUUUUUUUAUUUUAGUUUUUUAAAGAACACAACAAAUUUAAAACGGAGAAUCUAGGAAUUUUUACAAGAAAAAAAAAAUUUAAAAACAUUGAACAAAUCAAAAGAUAUUUAGAUGCCAGAUCUUCAUAUUGGACCUUACUAGUGCAAGGUCCAAAUGAGUAAUCGCAGUAAACAUAUUAGGUAGGUACCUAUUAGUAAGAUGAAGGAAUUCACCUUUUAAUCUAUAACACUCCCUGUGGAAGGAGAUCAAAAUACUUCCAUGGUACCUAUUAUUGUCGUAAGAAGUAACAAUUGGGUUACGUUAAGUUUAAAGUUGAUAGCCGGUGAAAAAUUGUGUCAAAUAACAAAAUACAUUUUUAGCCAAAGACGAGACGAAGGAGAAAAAGAAGAACUAAGUUAAACAUAAAAAAACCGCCACCUCUUAGGGGUUGAAUUUGGAGAUGAAAAGUAAACUUCUUCCUGUUUUGAAGAUCAAGUGUACGAAAUAUUAUCGUAAUAAUUGGAAUAAAAAUGUAAAUUUCUACAAAAAGCCAUUGAUUAUUACAUUUGUUAGACCUCCGUGGACAUUCUGUAUAAUAUUUUUCGUUAAUAUAUUAUAUUAACUAAAACAAUUAUUUGUGUAUUAUCGGAUAUUCUCUAUAAUUUGUUAUGCAUUUAUAUUUUGAUAAUACAACAAAUUUUAUUGUUCUUUGAUUGAUUGCGUUGACAAGUGUUACUUGUUGGCAAUCUUGUUUAAAACACUUUUGACAAAUGUGUUCAAAAUACAUUUUUAAAUACUUGUGUAAAUUGUAUUCGAAAUAUAUACAAAUUUAAAGAUAUUUAAAUGCAAGGAUUUGAAUAAAAAUAAAAAACUUAUUAAAAUGUUUAAAAUAAUUUUUCUUUUUUUUUUAUAAUACUUUUAAUACGCUUUGAAUGAUUUCCGCAUUCAAAAAAUUACAAAUAAACGCUUAAACUUAUUAAGAGUAUUUAUAAAGAAGGUUCGAGAAUUUCAGAUGUCGCAUUAUUAGCAUAUUUUUUAUUAUUGGUCGACUUUAACAUUAUUAAAGAGUUAUUUUAACAGUUAUUGAGUCAUAACAAUACAUUUUGAAGAAAUCAUAUUACAAAUUCGUAGAACCAUUAUAAAAUAUUAUUUAAAAAAUCAAUUAACUUUCUCUGUUUUCCUACGUUUUUGCACAAUUAUUGAGAAAACAAUAAUGAAAUUAAAAAUCAAGCUUUUCGUGUACAAGCUAGAUCCAAAAUUCCACAAGGACGCUGUCUUGUCAUUUUUUGAUCGGAGUAAGAUUUCUGGUAGAAAAGUUGUUAAUAUCAAAAAAAAAGCUGAUACUAGGUAAGGGUGUGGUCACUGUUUUAGGUGUGUAGAGGGAAAGGUGGGAUAUAUAAAGUUAUUUAAUUUAUACCUGUAAUUAGCGAUAAACCAUUAAUAAUGGAUAUAACAUGUUUUGAUAGGCCGUAAUAUUUACGAUUUUCAUCAAUAUUUAAUUUUUAAAACUUAUAAAGAAAAAAAAACUACAUUGAACUAAAUAAUUUUUUUUUAUCACUAAGUACAAGUGCAGCAAAAAAGGUCUCUUAUCGUUUAUCUAUUGGAUCAAUAUUUCUGGUAGAAAACAUCGUGUAACAUAAUAAAAACAAAGAAAACGGUAACGCCGCAGCGCAUCAUAAAUAUUUACCGUUUUACCGAGACUUUUCUUUCGGGGUUUUCCCUACUAUUUUGAAAAUCCCUUGAAAAAUUAAUCUGUAGUGCACCAACUAGACACAAUUUACUCUCAGAAAAAUACUUAUACUUUUUAUAUCGGAGCAAAAUUUCUUUUCGAAAAGUUGUUUACAGAUAGAAAAAAAAAAAAAGGCACACCAAUUGUUAAACUAAUAAAUCCCUCGUUACGUUCGGACGUUUUUGGGAAAUCUAAAAUACAAAAAAAAAAAAAACGCUCAUAUCAUAGUUAAAUAAAUACGAAAUCGUACAUCGAUACGAUUAUUAUACGGUAUUAUAAUUUACUAUACCUUUUUUUUUUUUUUUUUUUAAUUAGUUGACUAGUUAUCUUAAUUAUCAUAAUUAUUUAUUUGUUUUAAUUUUACUAACUUUAUCUAUAACAUUUCUCACGUUAUCUAAAGUCGAAUAUGUCAUAUGAAAAUUAAAUUAAUCGAUACGAUCAGAAUCUAAAAUGUGGGUGAUAAAAUUUGUAAAAAUUACAGCUUUCUCUUGUAUCUUUUAAUUGGUUUAAGAUUCUGGACGGAGAGAGGAAAGUUUCGGUUUUACAAUGAUGUUUACUAUUUUUAUUUUUUCAUACUGUGUACGACAAUUUCACCAGAAAUCUUUCUAUGAAAUAUCAAAUGUAUCAUCUGUUCUGAAAGGGAGUUUAUUUUUAAUUUUCCCAAAAAAAAACCGGUAAACAGUGUAAGAAAAACGAAUAAAUUUGCGAAAAUAAUACUUUACUUUAUUAUUUUAAAUUUUGUUUUUUGAAUAUUAUUAUUUAGUGAAAAAAAUACUCAAGAGUAUAUACGUUACAGAACACACGUAAAGUUAUUACUGAUCUAAAAGUUUUAUCGUAUAAUCAUAUACGAUGAAAUUAGAAUAGCAGGUAGUUUAAUUUAUGUCUGUACGCGACGAUCAAACGCUAUUAACGAAAAAAUAUUCGGAUGAGCGAUGUUCGGAAAACAUCUUUUGCACGUUUUUGUAGCGGAAUUCUCACUUCGAUUACCGGUUAUUUUUAGUUACAGUAAUUUUUUGAUUUGUCAAAUUGGUACAUUACAUAAGAAAUUUUUUGAUUUUCAAAGAGGUUUUCGAAAUAAUCGGAAAAACUGAAAGAAAAUUAUAGGUAAAACGGCAAAUAUUUACGGCGCACCGUAGUACUAUCAUUGUAAAUCGGAGCAAAAAUGCUGGUAGAAAAGUCAUUCAUAGGGAAAAAAAACUGACAUGAUUUUCAACUAAUAACUAGAUUUCGAAAAUUUAUUUUCCUCUGUUUUUUUUUUCGGUUUUUCUUAUUUGUUGAGAAAACUCCUGGGAAAAUCGUAAAGUAACGCUCCAUUCAGAAUCUAAAAUUUGACACAUAACUAAUUUUUUUAUCUUUUUUAUUUAUGGUAUUUUCUUAAAAACUUUGUGUUUUGUUUUAAUGGUAAUUUGAGAGUUAUUCAAAUACGCUAUCGCUUAUCAGAGCAUAUGAAUUUAAACAAUAUAAAUCGAAAAACGAGUGUGUAAUAUGCAGCACAUAAUAAAUUAAAAUAUGAGUAUAUUAUGUACUUUUAUAGCACUUAAAAGCUACAUACUGCUAAUAUAUGUUCUAAGAAGUAAAAAACUGUAAAACAUAAAAAUAUGUGCAACAUAAAGUUUAAGAUUUAGAUUCCUUCCAUGAUGAGCAGUAUUUACAAUUAACACGACUAUACUGGUUAAUACGAGUAUUUUAAAAAUAAUACAAAAGUGUUAGAAGUCCCAAACUCUAGCUAUAAGUUUAUAUUAUUUGUGCCCAUAUGAAAUAUGAUUCCUGAAACCACCUUUGAUAACUUGGUGUUUUAUGAAUAAUACUAGAUUGUAUUGACUCAGUAUUGUCGGUAACAUAAAAUAUAUAUAUAUAUAUAUAUACAAUUAAUGCACUUUUAUAUUCGAAUUUAUUAAAAUACGUUUAACUGAACUUCGUUCAGAAUUGUUUUUCAUAUGUAACAUAUAUAUAUCUAUGGUAGCUUGUAUUUCGUACCACUUCCCACUCCAUGACAUGUCCCCACCCGUGGUGUGAAUUAUAUUGUUUUUUUUUUUUUUUGUAGUUUAUUGUUGGAAGUUGAAAAUCAAGUGCACCGCUCGUUUAAGAACAUUUAAAAAAUGCAGGCGUUAGAGAAAUUUUCAUAUAAUUUUUUUUCCACAUGUAUACCCGCAUAGAUUCGGCUGAGAUUUUCAAUAUAAAAAUAAACAUUUUUGAGGACGUAUAAGUCGUCCACGGCUUAAAUGUUUAGAAUAUCAAAAGCCGCGUAUCAUAAAUCAAAAACUGUUUUUUCAACCCUGUUUCUGUCCCUGUCUCUUAUGCUGCAUGCAAGCAAAUCCCUUUUGACCACGGAACGGGGUCGUGAAAAACAUUGGCGGUGACGCCCGCACUACCCCGUAUAUAGGAAAAUUCCAUUAACCCAUUACGAGUUAAUGGCCGGUGUGCUCUGGGCAGCACAAAACCAUCCCUUCGGGUAAACUGUUCGCAACACACGGUGGCCUACAUCAUAAUUUCGUGUAAAGGAAAAAAAAAACGGUUAUUUUAUCACGAUAUAAUAUAGCUAGUGGUCGUCACCUAUUGGCCUCACUUUAGCACCAGGCUAUUUGAGUCCAUUAACCGAAUAACACUAUUAUUUUUUUUUUUUUUUAAAUACCUAUUUGCUAAAAAAAUAUUUAUUGAGAUUUCAGGUAUUAUAUGAUACAAUUUAUAAUAAUAAAAUAAUAUACGGGUAUUAAAUAGAAAAAUUGUAUUUAAUAGAAACAAAGUAGUAAAAUAUUUUGAUAACCUAGGUACGUUGAUAUAUUUUUUAUAAAAAUCUCAAAUUAUUAAUCUCUAAUUUAUCUACGUGAUAAGAGCAAAAUACCGGUACCGUAAAUUCGUAUUUGUAGCACGUUUUUACGUACAUAUUUACUUUAAUUAUCUAAUUGUCAAAUGAUCCCAUUAACCGAUAUAUGAGUCUUAUAAAUUGACGAAAUGUUUGCUGUGUAUUAGUAUACGUGCACAUCGGGACCAGCCGUUUUGAAGCCUAAUAAGCGAAUGAGUCAAUUAAUCGCGAGUCCAAUAAGCGGCGAAAUAUACAGAGUGAGAACGAUUUAUUAUUUAUCACGAUCUAACGACUGGAAUAUUAUUUAUACGAAGAUUUAGAGUAAAAUAGAUGUUGGUAUUAUUUUUUCAAUUUUUAUUCACGGAACCAUUUGAUGAUUUUAAAUUUAACAUACAUUUCAUAAGGAUUAGCCGCAAAAACCAUCGAGUUUUGAUUUUCAAAUCGUAGAUAAUCAUCGUAUCGUGAUGAAAAAUCUUGCUGUAUAUCUAUAUACAAUACACAUACUGCAUUAUAUAGUAUUACGUAAACACCGUUGUCAAAUAAUCAUUCAUGCAACUCAUCUCUGUUGUCUGUUAUUCAAAACUGUCAUGAUGAAUUUUCCUCAAGGAUUUCUGUUGGUUUCAUGCGCGAUAUAUUAUAAUAUAUUAGGAUGAUGAGUAUAACGUAAGACAUUCAUUAUCUUGGAUCAACCUUUUUUGAAAUCAUUUAAGAAAUAAUUAGUACCUAAUUUUGAUUUUUAAAUGACAACCUAUAUUAAAAAUUCCAUAAAUAGAUAGAGUAUUAGUCCGAAUCAAUUUUGGUCUUGUAGUUUUUAAUAUUUUCAACCUGUUGGCGAGGGGAGAGUAGUGAUGCAUCGUUUAUGUGGUGGCACAGCACGCGGCGUUGUAACAGUGUUCCGCCACUCACCCCCACCUAAAUUUAAAAGCGUAAAAUCUCGUCAAUGGAUUGACGUAAAUCAGUAAUAUUAACACCAAAAUUUAAUUUAAACCAAUACUCCAUAUAUUUAUGGAAUUUUUAGUAUAGUUUGCCAUUUGAAAAUCAAUAGUAAGUAAUGGUUUUAUCCCUUGAAACAUGAGUAACAAAAAAAAAAUUAACUGUAUUAAUUUAAAGCUACUUAUUUUUUUAAAUGUACUGAAAAACAAUAUUUCGAAAAAAAUUAAUAUUAUUCGAUAUAAUGAGUGUCUCACAUUAUGUUGAUCACCCUGUAUACAGGGUGUCCCGGUUUUCUCUCCCCAACACCUUUCGACUUUCGUCCGUAGAUCAGUGUGGUUUUUCCUGUACCCUAACGGAUAUUAUUAUAUAUUAUGGUAGGUAGUAACUCCUGGUUUUCCCUUCCCGAUUUUUAAUAGCCAAACACCGACGGUUUCGCAUACAAAUACGUGCGUAAAAAGACGCCACAGACGGCUUUGUAAAAGCGAAAAAUACGCGCAGGCCGUGAAUUUAUAUUUCCAUUUGGAAAUCGUUAUAUUUAUUCCUAGCUGCAAGUUAUACCUUACCUCGUAUAUUAUAAUAUUAUAUUAUAUUUGCGACAGAGCGGCGGCGGGCAAGUGGUUUUUGUGUGCGGUUUUUUCGUAACACCGGAUGUGAAAAAUGGACGAAAUAAUCAAAAAGUUCGUGAAAAGUUAAUAUCGCUCGGUUGUUUUUAGCCGGCUCCUGCAGUUAAAUCCGGCCGCCACCACGCCGACCCCCUCCCUCCCUGGUCGACUCGUAAAUCUUCUCUGUACCAACGUACCUACUGCACAGCCACACAACUUUUUAACCACAAAAAAAAAAUGUUUUGUGUUUUUUUUUAUAUUCCGUAGUAUAUAUUACAUUACAAUAGUAGACACAAUAAUACAAUACACGAAACUGUUUGGCUGAGUAGUUUUUUUCAACAACUUAAACAGUUACUAAUUAGUUUAAUCCGUAUAAUAUCAUAUAAUAUACGUUGAAAAAUAUUUUUAAAUUUUUGAUGGUUAGCAAAGAAUAACUAUUAGUUUUGAUAAGAUAUAUUUUGUUUUUUUACUCUCUCGAAGAACACUUUUUCCGGGUAAUAUAAAAACGCUUCAAAUUAUUGACAUCAUUAUUGAUCUUCAAUAAAUACGAAAUUUUUACUAUUGGUAGUUUACUUUGAAAUUUGUCUAGACUCCCAACAGUUUCUCAUUCAUUUCUCGGGUUACCAUGAUUACAAGGGUAAAUAUGACGUACGUACUUUGACCGAUGGAUGGACCACUGUUGUAAAUGAAAAGUUGGGAAAGUAGGAUAUUGAGGAAAAUUGAAUGUAUGUCGGUAAGCUAAGAUUAACCAUGGCUAAAGAAAAACGAUUCUGAGUGAAGCUCGGUUAAUAGUAUUGCUUUUUCAACAAUAUGUCAUAUUAUAAUCAAAUAGAUGUAUAUUGAAACAAUUUGUAUGGACUAGUAACUAGAUUAUUUCCACAUAAUUUUUACUAAAACGAUUCUUGUCAAAAUUUGAUAUUAAGAUUCUUAAAAAAAAAAUAAUUCUACAUUAAACACAUUUUUUUUUGUUUUGACCACAAAGUAUGACCUAUAAUGAACCCCCCGUCAAAUUUCUAAGCAUUUCUAACAAUUUUACUCACAGAAUACCUACCAAAUAAAAAUUACUCACAUAAUUAAAAUGCCUAAAUAGCUUGAAUAUAGCUCAAAUGUGUUUACAGUUUUACCAAGUCAAAUAAGUUGUCUGUACCAGUUUAAAGUUACUAUGAAUAUAUUUUUAACUAAAUUAUAAAACCAUUAUUUUCGUAAAUUUUCGUAUAACAAGAUUAAAUCAUUAUGUUAAUCCACUGGCCAUACAAUUAUUAGACAAUGCCAAAAAACAUUUGACGCCUUAAGCGUCUGAAAUCAUACGACUUAGUUUAAGAAUAUAAAUUAUAGAUAGGGCCACUUCAUUGAAAGUGUGACUUCAUCAACCUAUAAAGUAUAUAUUAACAUCUAGUAUGUAACAUACAUAUAUGUAUAAAGACUUUCAAGUCGUUUGAAAAAUAAAGCCUCGAGGUAUUUGAAAAAAAAAAAAAAAUAAUAAUAUUUGUUUAAUAUUGUACCGAUUUUCUUGCGUUUUUCUCGGUUUUCUCAUGUUUUUUCUUGGUUUUUCACAUUUGCUGAGAAAACUUGGACAAAUCAAAAAAUGACCUCUCUAAGAUACUAUGGAAAUACAAUUUCCUUUUAGAACAUAAAUUAUAGAUAUAGAUAUAGAUAUAUCUGAGCAAGAUUUUUGUUAGAAAAGUUUGCACAACAAAUAGAGGGGUAUUUUGCAAUCAAAAUAGUCUAAGCGAGCGAUAGCUUGGGUCUCUAGGUACACCCAAAAUGCAUUUGUUUUUCCUUGUUUAGGUAAAAAACACAAACAAUUUUUUUUGAAACACGGGUUUGAACUCACGAAAUCUAGGAUGCAAAUAGGUAUGCUCGUUUUUUAAUUGGAAAUAUUUGUGUUAGAAAUCGUGGUAGGUGCUUAUUUAAAAUAACGAAAUCAUAAAAAAAAACGUAUUGUUUUUCCUGGUUAAUCAUUUUAAUUUUAAAUAUCGUUUCGAAAAUCAAAAAAUAACCAAGGUAUUUACCUUAUAGAUAAAAUUGACUUAAAAAAAGGAAAAAAAAUCAUCUGAUGAUUUUGAAAAUUGUAUUACGUCUAGGUAAGUUAAAUAUAAAUAUUAUUGCCAAGUUUCAAAUCUCUAUGUGUAUUUAUAACCGAAUUACAGCAAAAAAAACUCCCAAAAAUUAAAAUUCCUUAAAAGCUCAAAAGUGGCUUAAAACUUUUGGCGAUGAUACCAUAAGAAAUUAAAUCAAAAAGUCAACAAAAAAAAUAUUUAGUGAUUUUUCGAUUAAAUUAUUUUUCUGGUAGAGAACUUCGUCUGUGGUAUUUUAAAUUAAUUAAAUCAUGAAAUUUUACGUUUUCGUACGUUUUUUGCCACUUAGGUGCUUUUAUUUAAAAAAUAUCACCGAAAAAAGUUACCACCCAUAAUUUCUAUCUAUAAUUUCCUCCACGGAACAUCUGUGUAAGCAGAUUCCGGAACACCAUAGGAUUAGGAUGACAUCUAUCACGUUCAAAAGUUUCCUGCAGUAUUUAACCAACAACAAAUUGUGGUUGCGCAGACGAACAAGAAGACUCAAGGCUAGAUUCUUUGGCUUUUAAAGUAUUAAUUUACUUAAAAAGCAUGGUAUUUUCAACUUUAAUCUCAAUUAAUUUAAUGCAGAGGUUAAGAAGUUAGUCAGUCUGGUGUUUAAAUCCUCAUAUUGAGAUGCUUGGCGAUGAGAAGAGACUUUAUUAGAGGCUAAUAUUUCAGACUUGAAGGACUUGAGAGCGGCCAUAAGGUCUGCAUUAGAAAUGGACGUAGAUAUAGUGCGAGUGGAUGAAGCUUUGACGGUAGGUUUAAUGGGUGUGCUGAGUUUUUGUGGCAUAUCGAAACUUAACUGAUUCAAAUAAACCCGCGUCUUGAAAAGUACUUGGAUGCACACGAAAGUUAAUCAACCACUUCAACACUUUGUAGACUGCAGCGUAAAUCACUACGCACACUAUGUAUGUGAGGAGAAAAACUGUGGGUUGUAGUAAAGACGCUCAGCCAGCAGUGUCACAUAGCAGGUAAGCGUCCUUGAAGCGAAUUACGAGUUAAUCGCUAUAAAGGUCGUUAACGAAUCGAUAACGGUAUAUGCGUGUCGAUAAGGUGAUGAUGGAAUAAAAACUUACGUUUCAGUAGUGGCCGUGUAAAGUUAAUGGAAGCAAUAUUUUGUCAUAUUAUAAUAAAAUGAUUACAACAAUGUGCGUUUCCAUGACAAUGAUUGUUUAAAAAAGAUUUAAAUAAUAAAAACUUAAUAUUAACAAAAAAUAAAUAAAAAUGGUUGCCAAUGGCAAUCUUAUUUUUAAUCUUUCACCCUUUUUUAAACUAAAGAACCUGGUUUUCCUCAUUAUCUCGAAUGUUAUUAAGAAUUUCAAAAAAACACAUUUUUAAAGUACCACUCAGAGGAUAUUUUCUUUCAGAAAAGUUGCUAUACUUGAUUAUCGGAGUAUGCUUUUUGGUAGAAAGUGUUCACAUAAUAAAAAAAAUAAUAAUAAACAUCUUUUUAAAACCAAUGCAUUCUUCGCUCCUUUUAGAAUCUACAAAAAAAAAAAAAACCAGAAUGAUUGAAAAUAUACUACAUUUAGAAAUGUUUAGGUUUUUUAACCCAAAUUUUCGGGUUAAAACCUUCUGGCCGGACAAAAUAAAUUUUCCAGGCUAAAAUAUUAUCCCAGUAAAGCUUAACACGUGAAUGGAAAAAACAAAAAUCAUGAAUUAGGAGUAAAAUCAUCUUAUUAACCCAGCUCAACUAUGGGAAUUGGUAAUUUAAAAUCCGGAUCUUAAAAAAAGCCUUUUGAUAUUUCGAGUCUUGUUUUUGAGCAGACCAAAUUUCCAAAAACUUUUUAGUUGAAUUGCUAACGUUUAAAACAAAACUAUAUAUUUAUGAAUUGAUUAUAUUUUUACCUUGCCAAUAUACGACUCUCGUACAGUUUUGAAUCGAAUAAUUGCGUACAAACUUAUGAAUUUACAUUAUUUCCACAAAAUAAUCUGAAAUUAAAAUAAUAAUUGUUAUUAAUUUGUAUUAAUUUAUUCAAUAAUAAUAAUUAUAUAAGUAUUUAAUUUUGGCCACCCAUAAUAAAUGUACAAUUUAAUCAAAUUAAAUAAUAUUAUAUUAUACAUAUCAAAUAUAACAAUUAUUUUAAAUAUUCACUGGCAAUAAAUUUUAUCGAUUCAAUGACAUCAUUUGAAGAGGGUGGGGGAUUGAAUAUUUUAUAGUAUUGUAACAAGUUGAAUUUCGGCUAAUUUCUGGCUUUUGUAUAUGUGAACAAUUUGUCAAUAUAUCAAAAAACGUUUUAGAUAUAAUAAUAUUUUGUUCGCAUCUUUCUCGCAGAUAAUAGGUAAUAUAAUAGUGGUCGAAUCUUCGGUUUUCCUAUUUGUCGAUCGAUUUGCUAGUUUGAAAAUCUAAAAUACCUUUUAAUAAUGAAGGUUAGGUGAUACAAUUUUUAAUUUCUGAACUUUUUUUAGAUUAUGAGUAGAGUGAGUAAUGUAUUGGUUUUACAAUGAUGUUUAUUAUUAUUAUUUUUUUAUGUGAACACAUUUUCUACCAGAAAGUAUAGUCCAAUUAUCAACUAUAAUACUUUUUCUGAAAGGAAAGUUUCUCUGGGUAGUGCUUUAGAGAGGUCCUUUUUUAAAUUCUCAUUAAUAUUCGAGAUAGUAAAAGAACCAAGGUUCUUUAGGUUAAAAAAGUUUGAAGAUUAAAAUUAAGAUUUUCAGUGGCAACAGUUUUUAUUUAUUUUUUUUUAUAUUAUUAAGUUUUUGUUAUUUUAAUAUUUUUUAAAUAAUCAGUUGUCAUAGAAAUGCACAUUGUUGUAAUCAUAUUACCAUAAUAUGAUAUAUAUCAUAUAAUGUAUUGUGAACAAAGCAAUACUGUCAACUAAACUCCGCUCAGAAUCGUUUUUCGUUAGCAAUGGUCUAUCGUUGCUUACAGCUAAAUUCCCGUCUGUAUACGAUCUUCCCAACUUCCCAGUUACAACAGUGGCUGCAUUCAUAUGCAAUGUAUGUCCAUCUUUUUUGUGAUCUACUUUUCUACCAAAAAUCAUUUUACAAUUAAAAAAUUAUAUGAUACCUUUUUGGUUGAAUUUUGAAUCUAGUUAGUUAUUAUUUCCACAUCUACGUCCUUUUAAAAAGACAAUUUUGUCUAGUUAAUGUGUAAUUUUUGAUUUUCUAAGCGGUAACAAUAAAAUUGGAAAAACCUGAAUUUGAUUAGGACCAGUUUUAGACGAUAAAUACAAAUUCUACUGUGUAAAUCAUUUGAACUUUUCAACGUGUCCGGCUCUAGGUACCGAGUAUUUAUAAAAAUAAAGUGCCUAUAUUAUUGUACAAGUUAACUAUACAAACUUCGCACGUCAAUUGUCUAUGUGGGUUCGAUGAUGUGAGUUUACAAACAAAACUCUAUUAUAAAAGUGCUGAGUUUGUGUCACGUGCGUGUGUAUAAGUAUACAGGGUGUCCUAUAGUGGUAUCCUUAUUCUUUAUGCUCAUUUUUUUUUCCAUUUGGGUUUUGUGUGAGAGGGACACAUAUAUAGAAAAAAAAAUUAAAUUUUUAUUUUCAGCUCUUACUGAAAGAAAAUCCCUUUAUUUUUCCACUUUUUAAAAUUUUCAAAAUAACCAUUUUGUAAAAUAUAUAUUUUUAAAUAAUAAUUAUUUAAAUAUAAUUUUUAAAAAUUUGUUUGCACCGUACAUUCAUAUCCGAUUAAAAGUUUCUUAGUACACUAUAGUAUUCAAUAAGCGUGAAAACAAAUAGUAUUCAAUAGAAGAUAAGAAAUUACACGCUGAUUGUGAUCUCUUGCAACGCAAUGUGUUAUUCUAUUAACAAUUAAUUGUUUUCAUUCCAAUUUUCUAGAAAUUUAACGUAUACUACUAAGAAACUGUUGUUUAAAUAUGAAUGCAUAUUAGCAAUUAAUGUAAUAUAAUAUUACAUUAAAAUUUGUAGAGCAAUAUCUUUUACAAAAUGAAUAUUUUUUUUACUAAUUAAGAGAUGAAAAUAAAAAUUACAGUUCUCUCUACAAAAGUAUUCUUGCACAGACCCGAUUGAAAAUAAAAUGAAUAUUGACAGAUUUAAUGGCAUAAGGAUAACACUGUAGGACACCAUGCUUACUUAUUUGAAGUCUUUAUUCUAUGGAAUAAUUUGAUGACCACCUAUAAUAUAUUUGUAAUAAUAAUAAUUAUAAUAAUUUGAUUAUAUUAAAUUUGUUUGUACUUUGGAUUUAACUACUUUUUCAUUUUUAGAUUUUUACUUUAACAUUGUUUUUUAACGUAUAAUAGACACGUUAAUAUUAUUCUCGCUUAUAUUAUAUGAUGUAUAAAUUAUAAACUAAUAACAAUGAGUCUGGUGAUGCUGUAAACUUUCCCGUGUUUCCUACGUUUUUUUUUCAAAUUAUUGAGAAAAUUACAUGGAAAAUUAAAAAAAAAAUUACUAGAUAAAAUUUUCUUUUGGACAAAGUGUUGUUCUUAAAACUUGGAGUAAGAUUUCUGAUAGAAAACGAAAAUAGUAAAAAAUAAAAUUAACGUAAUUGUUACGCCUUAAUUAUUAGUCGUUUUUUCCGUUACGGUAUUUUCGUAAAAUUUUCCUAAUUAUUAUGAAAACAGCCUGGAGAAUUAAGAAAUGAUAAACACAAUGCGUCAACUAGAUCCAAAAUUAACGAUAAAUGCCACAUGUCAGUUUUCGAUUAGAGUAAUAUUUCCAGUAAAAAAUUGGUUUACAAUUGGGGGGAAAAAAAAGAACACAUCAUAAUAUUAUAACCAACACAUUGGCUCGUAUCUCAGUCUAAAAUUCUAAAAAAGAUUUAUGUUGAUCAUAUAUUAUAAUAUGAUGAUAAGAGGUUAUUCGUUUUAUAUUUGUAAAAAAAAAAAAAUUAUAAUAUUAGGUACCUAUAUUAUAUAUUUAUAUAUUUUAUUGAAGCGGCUUCCUUUGUCAUGCACAUAGGUAUAUACACUCAAGAGGUCAUGGAUAUUAAACUUGAACUCCCUGCUGCUGCAGGUAGGCAUUUGAAAAAAAUACUCAUCUUUAUUCCCAUCCGAAAAUUCUCAAUACCUUUGUGAAAAAUUUGCUGUUAUUAUUAUUAUAUUUCUCUCCCCUCUCCAUUCUUCUACUCUUUCUCGCCCGUCGUUUCAUUUUACCGGACCGUCUAAACGAAUAAAUAGAGUUCAAGUACGGUCACAUACUCGUAUAUAAUAUAAAAUAAAAAAUAAAUAAAUCACCAAUCUCGCGGGUCAUUGAUGUUUUUAUAUACAUUAAAGUCGAACUGCUAUCGUUACCCGACUACGCACACAAUAUAUUCGUCGAAAACCCCCAUGACGUAUAUAUAAAUAUAUAACAAACAAAUGACCAUCAAUGUCCGUUUGAUUUCAAAAUACCACCAAAUAGUUGUAAAUGAAUUACAAAUAAUUACAAAUCGAGUUUCAUUAAUUGUAAAUCUUUUUUUUAUAUUUUUUAUCAAUUUUUUAAUUUUUUGAACAAACGUGGAUUGAGCACAGUCAAAAUUUAAUUGGUUUGCGUAUGCGCAUAUAUAUUUUCAUUAUCUCUACUCGUAUAAAUAUGUUGUGUUCUUUAUGGCUAGAGCCUAGAAUUAUAAAAUGCGUUUGAAAUCAAACUGUUUUCAUGGACCAAAUUUUAUUUUGCAUAUCGAUGUCAUAUUUGAAAGGUUAAAGUAUUUUUAGUUAUUGUAUAAUUUCCAUAUUUUUUAUACUCUGAAUAAAUAAAUUAGGUAUUUUCUCUUUUCACAUUUUGUUUCCCUAUAAAGACGAGAAUUAAUAUGUUGUUCAUCAAUUUAUUAAUUUAAAAGUUAAGAUUAUCAUCAUCAAAUUGUUAGUAAUCGAAAAUUAUAUUUUUAAUAUUAAAUUGCUGUCAGAGAAAUUAAAUAAUUAUGUAGGUAGUAGUUACUAUGUACCAUGGUUUAUGAUAGACUUCAAAUGUAAUUUAAUAUAUAAUUAUUUGAUAUAAAUAUGAAAAAAGAUUUACAAUUAUUUGCAAUUAUUUAGUGGUAUUUUAAAGUCGAGCGGACAAAGUGGGGGGGCCAACUUCAUAAUAGUAAACAAAUGCGCGCUUUGUUUUAAACUUCGUAUACCUAACCCAACCGUUUUAUUUGAUCGUUUUAAAUCAAAAACAAACAAUAUUACGGAAUUCUUCCGAAUUUCACGUUACGGUCUUUUUUUAUUUAAAAAAUUAUUUAUGUUAAAACUUUUUGAAUACAUAUAUUCUAAUUUUCUUUUGCCUUUGUUUUUUAGAUUGAAACUACCUCUCACUUUUGAUUUUUAACCUAUAUUAAAAACUACAUAAACAGAUAAAGUUUUAGUUUAUAUAUAGUUUGUCAUAAAAUAUUUAAUUUCCGUCAACCCGUCUACGAGGUAUUACAAUUUUAAGAUAGGGUAGAGGGAAAGUAAUGGAACUAAUAAUGCUUCAUUACUCUUCUCCUACUCUAACUUGAAUGUGAAAUAUAUCGUCAACACGUUGACGGUAGUUAAAAAUAUUAACAUUGAAAUGUAUUUAAACAAAAAUGUCACCUAUUUAUGUAAUUUGUAAAAGAAGUUGUUAUUUGAAAAUCAGUAGCGGGCAGUGGUUUUAACCCCGAAAAUAAAUGAUAUAUGAAGGCAAUAUAUCAUUUUAGAAUAUUUGAUUCCGAAAAUUAUUUUUACACAAGUAAUUUUUUGAAAAAUCAGCAUUUCUUGGACAUAUUGACUGUAACGUGAAAUUUAAAAUUCUCUGUAUGUGCAGUGGCUCUUCGGUUACGGCAAUUUGAAAUUCCGACGAAUGUCUGUUAAACAUAAUCACACUGUUGAAUUAUACAACAUUUUCUAAGACUUGGAAUUAAAAUUAAAAUUGUAUUCACUACCCAGCUACACAUACUAAUAUUACGUAUUCGUUAUGAUUUUCAGCUUCGCUGUCCGUGAUGAUGGCUGGCACGUCGUUCGGCUGGCCGUCACCCGUAUUGGCCAAACUGGCUAAUGGCAGUCUGAAAAUGGAGGCGACCAACGAACAGCAGUCGUGGAUGAUCGCCAUGUUGGAGCUGGGUAACCUGCUGUCACCGAUACCGUUCGGGGUGCUGGUGGACUUGGUGGGCCGAAAACCGUGUCUGCUCAUGACCGGCCCACUAUAUAUAAUCAGCUGGCUGAUGGUGUUGAGCAGCAAGACGAUCGGCGUGCUGUACUGGGUGCGGCUACUGCAGGGUGCGUGUAUAGGCAUCGUCACUACGGUGGUGCCCAUAUACAUCGGCGAAAUAGCCGGCGACAAUAUACGUGGUGCGCUCAGCACGUUCUUCAACGGCAUGCUCAACGCUGGUAUACUGUACGUGUACUGCGUCGGGCCGCUAGUUUCGUACGACGUGCUCACGUAUUUUUCGUUGCUAGUGCCGUGCGUUUUCCUGGUAGCGUGUGUAUGGAUACCCGAGUCACCGUAUUACUACGUUAUCAAGGACAACGACAAGAAAGCACACGAGGCGUUGGCGUGGCUGCAUGGCGGCCGCGGAGUUGCGGAACCGGAUGCGGUGUUGCACGAGCUGUUGCACAUCAAGACCGAGGUGAAAAACGAACUACAGAACAAGGGCUCGAUGCAUGACCUAUUCGGAUCUCAGUGCAGCAGGAAGGCGUUCGGCAUCGUCCAGAUUGUGGCCGCGGCUGACGUGCUAUCCGGCAUGACCACAGUGCUGGCAUACGCGUCGUCCACGUUCGCACACGCCGACACGGUCCAAACGCUGUCGCCCGACCAGUUCACCAUGCUGUUGGGGGUGUUGAUAUUUUGCACUACGUUCGUCACCGGGUUUCUGGUGGACAAACUAGGUCGUCGGCCGCUGUUGCUAUUUUCGUGUUUCGGAUGCGGUGCGUUCGAACUGGUUACCGGCAUGUACUAUUACAAACGGUGGGGCAGCGUCGAAUCGUUGGGCGCCUGGAUCCCGUUCACGGCCAUCGGGUCAUUCGCCGUCAUUUAUAGCAUAGGGCUAGGCCCACUAUUGCCCACACUCCAGGGUGAGAUGUUCCCGUCCAACGUCCGGGGGUUGGCCAGCGCCAUCACGUCCGUCACGUUGACCGUCAUAUCGUUCAUUGGACUGAAGAUGUACCAGGUGAUCACUGACAACUGGGGCAUACACGUCAACUAUUUCAUCUACGGUACCGGGUGUCUGGUGUCGUUCAUACUCAUUUACCAUUUUCUGCCGGAAACUAAGGGCAAAACGUUCGCGCAGAUUCAAAGCGAAAUCAUGAAGACCAUCGAUGAUCCCCAGUCACCUCCGACGCCCGUCGAACUUGAUCAUUCGCGUCGGCGAAAGUCAAAUAACGUGACCAUGACCGGCAUAUAAUAUAAUUACGCCUAAUAAUAUAUAAUAUUGGCCUGCAGUUGGCCGAAACGUUGUUAUUUAUGACUUUUAUUUUGUUGUUUUUUUUUUACGUUUUCGCCCGAUUUGUAUAUUUGAAAUUAUUUAUUAUUUAUGAAUUAUAAUUAAUUAGAACGAGGUACCUAUAAUAAUAUAUUGUAUCGUAUAGUUUAGUAAGGCACGUACUGAAUCCGAAACAUAAGUAGGCUGUAUGCCCGGUUAAAUACUUUUAAUCUUUAACCAGCACGUUAAAAUAUAAUAUUUGUUGUAUCAAUCGGAUGAGGGGGAAAUUCAACGGGCCGUUAUCACGGACAUUGUUCACGGUUCAAAACUCGAAAAUAUAGCAAUGAUCAAUAAUAUGAUAUACGUAUAUAAGACACGUCCCGCAGCAUAUAGAACCGAAAACGCGCAAAAGGACGCGCGUGCAAUUUGAUUGACAGUUAUCCUCUAUAUAAUUUAUAGUAUUAUUAUUAUAUUCGUACCUACGUGAAAGCGCUCCGGUUCGGUUUGAAUCCCAAAGAGGGAUAAAGUUUUGGAAAUUGCGUUAAGCCUCGGUUUACUCACCUCCAUCAUCCGUCCCUACGAAAACAACGUACACGGCCACACGUGGAGAGCGACGAAGACAGAAGAGACCCUAAUCAAUCAUAAACGAUGUUUAGUGACAUAUUCAGCGCGACGAACAAGAACCGUUAUCUCGCGAUUUCGAUCGAAAACAAUAUAAUAUAUAUAUAUAUAUCCGUACAUCAAACCUACCUGCCUGGCCUAUACCCAUGUUAAACAAAAAAAAGACCAAACAAAAACCGAAGAAAACUUUAUGUUAAUCGUUGUUUUUUAUACGAGAAAAUUUAUACUAUUUUUAUUCCUACAUAAUAUAUUACACAUCGAAAAUAACCGGGAAAAAACGUGGAAAAAACGGGAAAAUUAGACAAUAUUAAAAAUGAUUGUUAAAGAAAAAAUUAAUAUUACAUAUGUAAUUAUUUUACCAUAAUAUAACAUACAUUUUGUUGAUAAAGCAACACAAUUAACCGGACUCUGCUCAGAAUCGUUUUUUUCGUUAGAAAUGGUUAAUCGUUGCGUACAGUUAAACAUUAAAUUUCUCCUCUACCCUCCCAACUUCUUACCUAAAAUAGUGGCCCAUCCACGUGCGAAGUAUGUCCGUAUUUUUUAUAAUCCUUUUUAUGAUCAAAUCUUUAUGAAAAUCGUAAAUAUUACGGCCUUUCAAAUCAUGUAUAAACGAACUUCGCACAGAAUCGGAUUUCGUUAGCAAUGGUUGAUCGUUGCUUACAAAUAUAACUUGAAUAACUUUAUGUAUUCUACCUUCCAGACUUUCUUCUACAAAAUUAAUGUACUAAUUAGCAGUAUCAUCUCUUUUAGAUUCUGAGUGGCGGGAGGAAUGUAUUAGUUUUCCUAUGAUGUUUAUUUUUUUUUUUAUAUUUUAGAUUCUGAACAUAUUUUUUUUUAUACUGUGUACAAAAAUUUUACCAAAAAUCUUGAUCUGAAUGUACGUGCAGCACUAUUUCAAAAAGAAAAUAUUGUUUAUAGAUAGUACUUUAAGGAGAUCAUUUUUUGAUUUUUCAAACGGUAUUCAUAAUAUUAAGAAAAACCCGGAAUAAAAUGUUAAAAAAAUGGGAGACUUGAAAUUUAGACAGAGAAUUUACAUUUAAUUUUUCUAGAUGUGGUAAAAUUUUCAAAACAUUUUAGCUAUUUUUGAACUAUUUAUAAACAUUUUAAUUUUACGAGUUUUGUAUGUAAUUUGUAUUCAGUAUAUUAUUAUCUAUAUUAAAAAUGUUAGACUCAACAGGAAUGCUUGAACAUUUAACAGAAAAUUCAUUAAACCUAGAGCACACAUGCUUCACGGUCUAAAAGACUUGGUUUUUUGAAUUUUGUUCAUUGUUUCGAAAAUACAGACUAUUAACCUAACCCAACCUAAGUAACAUCUAAUUAGGUGAUAAACUAAAAUUAGAUACUCCUAACUGUAUACGUUCUGAUAUCUGUAAAAUAGAAGGAUUCAAAGUUCAUUACCUAUACAAAUAUGGUCUAAAAGACAGAAAGACAGUGUGCGUGUUUUAUUGUGACAUUUAUAAACAAUUUAAUUUUAUGAAAACUCAAUUGUAAUUUUUUUUUAAAUUGUGUUUCCUAAUAAUUUUUAGCCGAUAAAUGUCCAUUAAUCAUUAUUUUAUUUCCAUUGUGUCUGACGAGAUUGCUGUUAGUUGAAACUGGUUCACCAUAUUGUGUGCAACUAUAUUACACGUAAGAAUAUAACGUCAAGCGUACAUUACUUCAUAAAAUCCAAUACAAAUAUUGCCGUAGACGAGUACGUCGCUGGUAAUUUUUAUCAUUUAUCAUCAUUAAUUUUUAUUUUUAAAAAUAAAUAAUUAUUACUUUAAUUUAUGGUGUUUUAAUUAAAAUAUUUCAAUACAUGGUCAAAAACAUGGUGGGGAGGGGGUAGUUAAAAUUUGUACUUCGCGGAUAAAAAAAAAUUGAGCUUAGUGUAGUUUUUUUUUUUUUUUAUAAAGGAAUUUUAAUAUCAAAUAUGAACGAUUUGUCAGUUAUUAAAACUAGUCAAUAGUCAGCUAUCCAAUAAUUUUCUAGACAGUAAAAUUUUUAACAAAUUUUAGCCAUUUUAAUAUUGCGAGUUUUGUGUAUAAUUUUUAUUCAAUGGUAUUCUGUAAACGAAAUGAUAAAUGGCUAAACAGAAAUUAUUGCAUAUUUAAUGAGAGGUUUUUUUUUAAAAUUUUCAAACUGGUUAAACUCUGUGGUAAAAAAAAAAAAAAAAAUUGAGCUUAAUGUAGUAUUUAUUUUUAAAAAGGAAUUUUAAUAUAAAAUUUGACGUACAUUUUUUGAGCAAAAAGUUAUGUGGAACAAAUCUAGUUACUGGUCCAUGUAAAUUUUUUAUUUUUUUUUGUUUUGAUCAUAUGUACCUGUCGUCAAUUUAAGAGCGUUGUGAAAUCAGAAUUGAGCGGACUGACUUAGUUUCGAAAUUAUAGAUUUUUGAAGUUCUAAUAUUAUGUGGAUAUUAUAUAUAUUAUUUUAAUGAACAACACAACUGAUGCAGGGUUAAAUAAUUCAAUCAGUGGAACAACUAGAGGGUUGGGGGUUGUGACCUCCCUUCCCCGAUUUAUGUCUGUUAGUUUAUUGUGAAUUUUACGUAGUACUUACCGAUUUAAAACAUAAUGUUGUAACAUCGUAUAUAAAUAAGUGAUAACAACUAUCAUCAUAAAGAUCAUUUUCUACAAUUAAGAGGCUAAAAACGUAUUUAAGAAACACUACAGGACAGCAGAAACUUAAUGGAAUGCCACUUUAAACAUACAAAAAAAUUAGCACAUUACAGCAUUCGCUCUGAAGGCGACUAUUUACGUAAUAUUAUUUUUAAAAAGUAUUCAGAAU